GCCAGCCAGCAGCGCCCGCCCGCCGCCUAAGGUAUUCUGCGGCUGCCACGUGAUCGAGCCCAUCCAUCUUCGCCAACCCCUAGUAGGCACCGGUGCGAGGAGGCGAAGAGAGGAGGGAAGAUGCCGCGCGGACGCGACGAGUGCUGGGAAGAGGUCACGCGCACUCUGGACGAGACGACGGGGAAACGCCAUCCGCGCGUGACGUGCAAACAUUGCAUGACCGAAUGGACGUCGAACGAGAAAGCGCGCGUAAUUGAACAUCUGCAGCGCUGCAAUGAUUUGCCCGAGGCCCUUUGGCGCACUUACCAGCCGCACCGCCUCGAUCCGACGCUGCCCUCCGCCGCCGAGCUACAGCUACAACAGCGCGCCCGCACACGCGGCAUCGGCUCCAUGUCUCCCACCGAGCAGGACAUUGCCACUGCCGCCUGUGCCCAGUGGAUUCACGCCGCUGGCCUGGAUCCCGCCGUCACCGACCAUCCCGCCUUUCGUGCCUUUGCCCGCACGCUGCGGCCCGCCUUCAAGAUCCCCAGCAGACACCAGCUGACCCACGCCCUCGUAGAUGCGCCCUUGAUGUUCAUUGCCUAUCUGGCCGAUCCGCAGGAGCGCCACCGCCGUCCUGCCAUUCUCGACAGCAAUGAAGAGACGCAGUCCCGCUCCCUGCAGGCCUUUUUGCUCAAGUACUGCAACGGCAACAUGGCCAAGGCCUCUGUGUUGCUCGGAAUGCUGUCUUUGCUGCGCGUCAAACAGGGUCCUUUUGCCAACGACAUGGUCUGGAUGGCAAGCAACCAGAUGACGCCGAUUCAGUGGUGGCAGAACUUUUGGGUGCAGGAUCAGCCCGAUCUGGCCGAGCUAUGCAUGCUCGCGUUAGCCAUUGCACCUCUCGGCGACUCGAUUGAGCGCAACUGGUCGCCGCACAGCUUCGUGCAUGUCCUGAAGCGGAAUCAGAUUGGCGUGGAUGUGGUCAACAGGCUCGUCACGACCUUUUGGAACCUGCGAAUCAAGCACGGCUGGGUAGACGACAAUGCGAACGGCACUCACGACGGCACCGAUCAAGACGCCGAAUUUACUCCCGACCACAUGGACGGAUUCAUGCCCAUGCAAACUUAGGAUGUAGCAUCUCAUGAAACGACGAUGAUUGGAACAACAGCCCACAAACGGAGGAGGACCAGCUCUCCACAUGGCGGUGCUCCCUUGGAGCCAGGCACGGCUCCAGAGGCUGCCCCUUCAGGAAGUCCCGCCCCGUCGCAUCGUCUCGCACAGACGGACUGGAAUGUCAGUCCUGGUUCUGAUUCUGUACCUGACGCUGUCAAUUCCACUGCCAAUUCCGACACUUGUGCGCUCGAGUGGGAGUAGCGUUGUUUAGCCCAGCCGAAAGCUACUCAGACUGAGUGAGUGAGCCGAGCUCAUUGGCACCUCGAGCCGUUGGAGUGGCGACGUAGUGGCAGUGGAAUCAGCAACGGGCGGAAGAUGACAGCCUGACGUUGCAAAUAUUGUCUUGAUGGAUGACAAUCAUGACAUGGAGUGGGCUCCCGUCAGCAUUAUAAUGCUUGACCACUUGAGGUACGAUAUCAGUAUAUCUCUUGAGUCUUGGGAACGCGGGGCCGGGGGAAGAGAGUGGAUAUGGACAUGGAUGUGAAGACGGGGGGUCUUAUCGGGUGACGUCAGGUGACAUGUGUCUUUGUGUGUGUGUGUGUGCGUGUGGUGUACUAGUAUCGUAUCAGACCACAAGUUGAAGUUGGUUCCUGAUUUGGAUAUCAAUCCUAUUGACCACACCACCUGAUUCCUGAACUGGAACAACAUGUUGUUGGCUUCUGUCCUUUUUCACUUUCUGGCCACUACGCCCCUCUUUUCACGUGCUACAGGCACAUCUCGGUCAGCCCCCCGCCCCGUGAUCAUCGACACAGACCUCUACUCCGACGUGGACGAUGUCGGUGCUCUCGCCAUUGCCAACGUCCUCCACAACUGUGGCCUGUGUGAUCUUCGAGGCAUCGCAAUCAAC